AUGAAAAAUCAAAUCUUAGUACAAAACAAAGAAGAUUUCUGCUUGAUACACAAAAAACAGGCAAGUAACGUUAACAAGCAGAGAUUUACAGAACUGUCAUCGUAUUUUCGUGAGAGUAAUGAAAUAUUACAAAUAAAUUUUGCUGAUCUAAAUGACAACAUAUCUAAAGAAUCUGUUACAGCAUUUAUCAAAUUUAUUAACACAGAUAACUUAGAAAUUACUAAAGAAAAUGCUAUAGAAUUGCUUGAUUUGUUCAUAGAUUGGAAAAUUGAAAAAUCUUCAAACAAAAUUGCUGAUUUUAUUAAUGAUAACUUUACUCUAGAAGAUAUUAUUGCAAAAGCAGACAAAUACGAGUUCAAUACUUGCUUCAAUGCGUUUUCAUCAGUGAUUUCUUCAAGACUUGAUGCAGCAAUCAAGAUUCCUAAGUUUUCAGAACUAUCAUUAGAGAAAAUUACAGCAAUUGUGCCAUCAAAAAGCAUUAUUUACUCUGAUCAUGAUCAACUUUUCAAUUUUAUCAUGAUAAUGCUUGAUAAAUAUCAUGAUGAAGCAUAUCCGCUGAUAUCAGUUAUCGAUAUCAGUAGACUUACACCAAACCAGGCAGAAAAACUGUUUUCAAGACCAGAAUUUGCAGUUCCAAACGAGACAGCUCAAUCAGACAUACAAAGAAUCAAUGACAAAAUACAGACAGUCUCACAGUCCAUGGAAUCUCUUCAAGGAAACAAGAAUUCGUUAAAUAUUUUAACAGAUCGAUUCAGAGUUGUCGAAAAGAAUUUACAAGACAUAACCGAUGUAAUAGAUGCAAAUGAGGAGAAAUCAUUUGAGAAAAUCGAUGAAUUAAAACAAAGAGCGAAUAAUCUCCAAAGAAAGGUCAAAAACGACUCAAGGAGAAUGAGAUCUGACUUCAAAUCCAUCGUUACAAAGAUAAAAUCAUAUGAAACUAAAUAUUCAAAUGAUUUUGCUGAAGAAGAAUAA